AGUUUUUAAGAACAGUACCUGUUGUUUUGUUCAUGCUAAGCUAAGCUAACCGUCUCCAGCUUCAUAUUCAGCAGACGGACACACGAGGUGUAUCGAUGUCUGUUGUGCUUGAGGGCGGGACUACUGUGAUUGACAGGUCUCGACCUUCAAACAGCCUCGGGGCGCGAGUUGAAGGUCGCGACCUUUCACAACCUCGACGUCUGCAAAGAGAAAAUCAUGAGCGACCAGGACAGCAGCAGCUCGGCCUCCCAGACGGAGGGCGAGGUGGAGACCGGCGGCCUGUCCAGCUUCUCCUCGUCUCUGCGCGCCGUCGUACGCAUCAAGCAGAAGUACCAGGCCAUGAAGAAGCGGCGCCUGGAGGCGGCGCUGCCGGCGCUCGGCGGCGACGGCAGCUUCACGGGAGCGCCGACGAAGACGAGCCCCAAGAUCUUCACCUUCGACGAACUGGCGCCGUACUCGUCCUCCUGCUCCGUCCCUCAGAAGAAGAAGAGGAGGAGGAGGAAAGGGGUGCAGUACCCCACCAGGGGGCGGCGGCGAGCCCCUCCCAAGCCGGCGCCGAGCCGAGCCAAGUACUGCCUCUACCUGCUGUGCGUCAUCGUCUUCGUCCAGGUGUACAACGCCAUCGAGAACCUGGACGACCACGUCCUCCGGUACGACCUUGACGGUCUGGAGAAGACGUUGCGCCGCGAGGUGUUUGGCCAGCAGGGGGCGCUGGAGGCGCUGCUGGCCCACCUGAGGGACUACCUGUCCACCUACGUCCACAACAAGCCGCUGGUGCUGUCGCUGCACGGGCCCGGCGGCGUGGGCAAGAGCCACCUGGGGCGCCUGCUGGCGGCGCACUUCCGCUCCGUGGUCGGCGAGGCGCUGGUGCUGCAGUACUACGUGCUGCACCACUGCCCCCUGGAGGCCGACGCCCCGCGCUGCGCCCGCGACCUCGCCGCCCUCGUGUCGGCGGCGGUGGAGCGCGCCGAGGAGGAGGAGAAGAUCCCGCUCUUCGUCUUCGACGAGGCGGAGCACAUGCACCGGGACCUCCUGGACGCGCUGCUGCGCCUGGUCGCCGCCGAGCAGUCCAACGAGUUCCUGAACGCCGUCUACCUGUUGCUGAGCAACCUGGGCCACGCCCACGUCACCAGGCACACGCUGCACAACUCCUCCUCCGCGGCGGCGUCCGGUCGCCAGGGCGACGUGGUCAAAGAGCUGACGCCCGUGUUGCGCAAGUCUCUGGAGGAGCUCCACCCCCUGUGGCUGGAGGCGGAGCUCCUGCCCCUCGGCCUCCUGGAGAAGGGUCACGUGAUGCAGUGCUUCCUGGAGGAGAUGACUCGGGAGGGCUUCUACCCGGACCGCGCCAACAUCGAGCGCCUGGCGGGGGAGGUCGAGUACUACCCCGCGGUCGGGGGGCGCCAAUACUCGCAGACGGGCUGCAAGCAAGUGGUGGCCAGGGUCAACCUGCUGUGAGCCGGAGGCGCCGCAGCGAAGAGGAAGAAGACUCUGGGAAACGUGGCGAGAAUCCUGUGAAGAGGUUCGGACGCGUUUUAUUUGUUGUUGUUGUUGUUGUUGUUGUUUGCCUCCAACAAAGGAGCACAGCGGUACGGACGGGAUUCACAUCUUGGGAAUAUUUUCUUUAGUUUUUCUUUUUGUCUUCAUCUCAACGAGGGGACGAUGUUGAGAUGAAGACUAUCGGAUGGACCGAGGGGAACGUUCCUGAUCCGCAGAGGAUGAAUCAUCAUCACCACCACAGUGAGCUCAACAUUUGUGAAAUAUCUGUCAACAAUUAUACAGGCGCAAGUAUUCGAGGUCCUCAGAGGAUGAACCCUCAAGAUGGUUCACGAUCCCGUGACCUUUCAUUUAGUCCCACACGCAAGUUACCAUAUUUAGUUCUUCAUCUAUCGGAUGGACCGGCGUGACCGUUCCUGAUCCCCAGAGGAUGAACCCUCGUGACUUCAAUGAUCAGAUUACUUUUAAUCGAGCGCAACAUUUGUGGUUUUUAGAGUGAAAAAAGCUCAAAGAUGGAUUUCUGUGAAAUAUGGAGGUCCUCAGAGGAUGAACCCUUUCAUUUAGUCCCACAAGCAAGUUACCAUAUUUAGUUUCUGAGUGAAUCGUUGGGGCGACUUGAAGGUUUGUCCGCUCCUGGUCCCCAGAGGAUGGACCCUCGUGACUCUGGUGAGCAUCUGACCAUUUGAGUGAAAUAUCUCGUCAACUAUUAUACAGAUUAUCAUUCAAUUUGGUUCAAGUAUUCAAUGUCCUCAGAGGAUGAACCCUCAAGAUUAUCGAUCUCGUGACCUUUCAUUUAGUUUUUGUAAAAUGUGAUGCGACAUGAAUUGAGACAUUUCUAAAGACUUCAUUAUAACGGUAAUAGUCCGUUUAUUUAUUAAAUCCUUCUGCAUGGAUAUACACUGCAUUACAUUGUUAUUACAUUGUUAUUACAUGUAUUCAGCUACAUCCAAUACAAACUUUAAUCUUUA